CUGUGACCUAUCAGUCUCGACUUACCCCGCUCGAGACUUUUAGCCUCAUUUUCUCGUGAACAACGAGCCAAACCUCAUCUCUAACCACAGCUACUAUAUUUCUAGUCAAGCGAACUUGCAGAGUAUUUUGUGAGGGAAGAUCCUCUGGGCCAGAAAAUUUUAUGUAGUAGCAUACAUACUUCAACCAAAAUGCAGCAAUCUGUUCUCAAGGCAAGUGGCUCAGGAUUGACCCAUCUAGGAAAGGAAGAAGAAUGGGCAGGCAAAGGGGUGCUUUUCAUGAAUGAUAAUAAAGAGUCUGAGCUACCUCCAUCUCCAAAUUGCCCUUCACUGAUUGCGUUGUAUUUGCAAGGGAAUUAUGAGCUGACAGCCAUUCCUCCCUUAUUCUUCCAGCGCAUGGCCCUUCUCCAAGUAUUAGAUUUGUCCCACACUAGCAUCAAAUGUUUGCCAAAGUCUCUUCCCAAGUUGGUUGCACUUAAAAAACUCUUGUUACGGCGUUGUCAACUCUUCAUGGAGCUAUCACCUCAGGUUGCUAAACUCAGUAAUCUUGAGGAGCUUGAUCUUGAUGAAACUAAGAUCAUGGAUCUGCCUAUAGAGACGGGAAAGCUGUUCAAGUUAAGACAUUUGAGAGUAUCAUUUUAUCAAAUCUGUGGCAAAAAGAAGUCGAAAUAUUCAAACAUUGUGAUUCACCCUGAGACAAUAUCAAAUCUCUCCCAACUUACUGAAUUAAGCAUUGAUGUGAACCCGACAGACAAGAGAUGGGAUGAUUCUGUGGAAGCAGUUGUGAAGGAAGUAUGCAACUCAGAAACAUUGACGACUCUUAGCUUGUACCUGCCGAAAUUCGAACUUUUAGAUAGUAUAUCAUCGUUAUAUCCUUCAUUGUCAGGCUUUAGAUUUAUUGUUGGCCAUCAUAAAAGGAGGAUCAUAUCUCGUGUCCCUCAUGAAGUUGAAGCAGAAUUCAGAAACUGGGACAAAUGCUUGAAGUUUGUGAAUGGUGAAAACAUCCCAAUUGAAAUAAAAGGGGUACUAAAAUAUUCUACUUCAUUUUUCUUGGACCACCAUGCAACCGCUACGAAUCUAUCUGAAUUUGGGAUUGAGAAUAUGAAGAGGCUAAAAUUUUGCUUGUUGGUAGACUGUAAUAAGAUGGAAACCAUUAUUGACGGCGAGAGGCAUUAUGAUGGAAAUGAAGAUGAUCCAGCGGAAUCUGACCCAAGUCCUGUGGAAAAUGUGCUUGAGUCCCUGGAAUAUUUGAGCAUUUAUUACAUGGAGAAUUUAGAGAGUAUUUGGAGAGGACCAUAUCGCUAUGGAUGUAUGUCUAAGCUAAAAUUCCUAGCACUGCAUACAUGCCCCCAGCUGAUUAAUAUUUUCUCUCAUACUUUGCUUGGAAAUUUUGUCAACUUGGAAGAGUUUAUUCUUGAGGACUGCCCUCUAGUCACCUGCCUGGUAAGCCAUGCAUCUGUCAAGCCAAUGAUGGCAGAUAAAUUUCUCCCAAGUUUGAAAAGAUUGCUGCUUCUUUACCUUCCUGAACUGGUCAGCAUUUCUAACGGACUACAAAUUGCACCAAAAUUAGAAACCAUAGGCUUUUAUAAUUGCCCAAAGCUUAAAAGCAUAUCAAAAAUGGAAUUGUCAAGCAAAACUUUGAAGAUAAUCAAAGGAGAACUUCAGUGGUGGGAAGAUAUGAAGUGGAAUGAAGCAGAGUGGGGAAUCCGGCCAGAUUAUCUAGUGCGUAUCUUUUCCCCUAUCGACAAAGAGAAAGACGUGAUGACCCAAUUGGCAGAAGAUAGAGAUAUAUUUGAAGUCACAACGCAAAAUAAAAGCCAACAACAAGGUUACGGAGAUGUAUUGGAAGCAUCAACACAAGAUAAAGGUCAACAUCCUGCACAAGAUGAUAAAGGCCACUGGUCAGAUUACACGGAGAGAAUAACUGGAACAGAUGUGAGAAAGUCAAUUUCUUCAGUAUGCAUACUUCCGCCCACUCCAGGGCCCGAGGCACCAGAACAACCGUGGUGCUUUUCAUCAGAGAAGAUCAAUGAAGUAGACGAUGAUGAAGAUGAACCCAAGGCCAAAAGAUGGAACUAUACUGAGAAUGAAAACAAGGGUACCGUAGGUUCUGCGAGCGAAGCCGCGAGUGGUUAUAGAGUUGCAUUUCGAACGAGAACCAACAUUGAAUUGCUUGAUGAUGGUUAUAAAUGGAGGAAAUAUGGAAAGAAACAAGUCAAGGGAAAUCCCAACUCAAGGAACUAUUACAAAUGUUCGACAGUAGCUUGUCCGGUGAAGAAAAGGGUUGAGCGAGACCCCCUUGAUACGAGAUAUUUGAUCACCACCUACGAAGGGAUGCAUAACCAUGAGUCGCCUUUUGUCAAGGCGUUGAAUAACAUGGAAGAUGCUGCUGAGGCAGCUGAGACUAUCAGCCCUACAAAAGGUUACGGAGAUGUAUUGGAAGCAUCAACACAAGAUAAAGGUCAACAUCCUGCAGCGAACUACUUGAACUUCAAGGGCUUGAUGGAUCUUACUGGCCAAACCAUUGCUGACAUGUUCGAGGGAAGGAACCCGGAGGAGAUGAGGAAUAUUUUUAACAUCGAGAAUGACUUCACCCUUGAGGAAGAGGAGGAUUGGCCGGGAAAAUAUUCAGUGGGUUUAUAAAUGAAGUAUUGGCUAUUUGGUUACUGUGAAGUGGUUUUAAUUAUAUCAAACUUUAUGCAUUAGAUGUAGUUAAUUGCGCUGACUUUUCAUCUUUCUUUGUAUGUCCAUAAUGUCACAAUUUAUCAGUUCAAUGGUCGAUUUUUGAUUUUUGAUUU